AAUCACUCCUCUCGACUCUGACUAAAAACACACAUUACAUGACCUCCUCCGUGGCUUAUCGGCCGAGAUCCGUCAGGAUGAGAGUAAUGCUAGCGCUUGUUGUUAUCCUGGCGCUUGGGGACGUUUUGCCAGUACAGACUUUUACAGUGACUUGCAAACGGUGCCUCAAAGUGCUUAACAGCGAUAUCAAGAAUGCGGCGAGGAAAAGCAUGGACGCCGUGGUGCAAGCUGGCGCCGGCCUAACCCGCAUACGGGAUGAGUUCGUCGCCGAGCAAAAGAGCCUUAACGAGAACCUCCAAAAAGCGACCAAGAUGAUAAAUGCUAUAGAUAAACAGAUUAAACAGAAGACAAAGGAAAUCAAAGAAAUAUUCGAUGAUGCGAAAAAGAAAGCAGAACAAAAAUUAAAGGACAUUGAAGAGGCUUCUAGCGCAUUAGGAGCCAUAGAAGACGAAGUAGGUGCGCGCGCCACCGAGAAGAAAGCUAAAGGCGUCCGUGAGCACAUCGCAGCACAUCCGGGACAUGAGAGCCAGCAGGAGAAGGAGAUUCUUGACGAGAAUGGUCUGAUCACCACAGUGGACGCCGCCCGCAUUAUCGCCAAGUCCAAGGCCGAGCAGGCGGAACAGGAGACCGUCAGAAGGGAAAAGGUCGUUGAAAACGACGCGAAGGAAUUACAAAAGAAUAUGGACGAGGAAGAGCAAGAGUUGAAGACAGAAGAGGAGAAAGAGCUAGACGACGAGAAGCAAGCACGUGACAAGAUCCAGGAGGCUAUCAAACACAACAGCGAGGCCAUGAACAAAGCGCGGAAAUUUUUACAAGAUAUCGAGGAAGGAAUAGAGAAAUUCCACCAAGACAUCGAGAAAUCUAAUGUGCAAUAGUCAUAUUUUGACAAUAGAACAAGGAAAGCUGCUAGCAGGCUCUCAGUUGGGGAUAUUCAGAGGGGUUUUGCUUUCGAACGCGCGAUGGCCGAGGUUGACUGGGGCUACUCGCCCCUUUGCGCUCCACAGGGCGAAUAUCCUCAAAUGAUAACUGGAUACCAGGCUAGAUGAGAGGAUUUUGAAUAACAGAUGGUGUUGUUUAUUUGUCAAUAUGACUUUGUUAGUGUGAACUUAAAAAUACUGAACAGUGCUUUAAGCCAGGUUGGUGUUUAUUUGACCAUGAUCCCAAGUCUCAUAAACAUCUCCUCUACCGCGUAUCAAUAGCAACAAUAAUAACCACCCCUAUCAACAAGCAUCUUCUUUAUCGCGUAUAAAUAGCAACAAUAAAUAAUAAGAUACCACCCCUAUCAACAAGCAUCUCCUCUAUCGCGUACAAAUAGCAACAAUAAUAAGAUACCACCCCUAUCAAAUUCUUUACAACUGUUUAUCUUCCCUUCUUUUUUUUUAAAUAAAUCAAACUUGGGAAA